UACCUGGAUAAGGUACAGUGGAAAUUCAUGAAUUGCUUUGGAACUGUUUAACUGAAAAUAUUAAUCUGAUUUCGUUAAUGGAGUGGCUAUCAUCUUCACUUUCACCAACUUUUGCUCUCAAAAUCACUCCUUCGAAGCCGUCUCCAAUGCUCACUCUCCCCUCUCCAUCAUUUUCAUGCUUUGCUGCUGCUGCUUCUCCACAACAAGGAAGUAAAACCUCUUCAAAACCUCCCAAAAACCUCUCUUUCACAACACCCACAACUACAAAUACAGCAAAAACAAAUACUACCUCAAGCACAGACACCUCUGUCCCUACCAAGAAGGUUUUGGUUCCAAUUGGGCUUGGUACUGAAGAAAUGGAAGCUGUGAUUACAGUUGAUGUAUUGCGCCGAGCCGGUGCAGAAGUGACUAUGGCCUCAGUGGAGCCGCAGCUGGAGAUUGAGGCUUCUGGUGGCACCCGACUGGUGGCUGAUACCUCUAUCUCCACUUGUGGUGGCCAAGUUUUUGAUCUUAUUGCAUUGCCAGGUGGAAUGCCUGGUGCAGUACGAUUAAGAGAAAGUGAUAUUCUCAAGAAAAUUAUGAGCAAACAAGCUGAGGAAAAGAGGCUUUAUGGAGCUAUAUGUGCUGCCCCAGCAGUCACUCUUCUUCCAUGGGGCCUUGGGAGAAAAAAGCAGAUAACUUGCCACCCUGCAUUCGUAGACAAGCUUCCUAAUUUCUGGGCUGUCAAGUCAAAUAUCCAAGUUUCAGGAGAGCUUACAACCAGUCGUGGUCCUGGAACUUCGUUCGAGUUUGCUUUGUGCUUAGUGGAACAGCUGUUUGGGGAGUCUGUUGCCAAGGAGGUUGGAGAAUCACUGCUGAUGCAUUCUGCUCAUGAAUCUCUUAUAAAGGAAGAAUUCAAUAAAGUUGAAUGGUCUUUUGAUCACAUGCCUCGAGUUCUUAUUCCAAUUGCAAAUGGUUCUGAAGAGAUUGAAGUAGUGACCAUUGUGGAUGUUUUGCGCCGAGCAAAAGUAGAUGUCGUGGUUGCAUCCGUUGAAAAAUCUGUGCAAGUUGUGGCAUCUCAAGGCACAAAAAUCAUUGCUGAAAAGUUAAUUAGGGAUGCUUCUCUGUCAGUAUAUGAUUUAAUCAUACUUCCGGGAGGAAUCACUGGGGCUGAAAGGCUACAGAAAUCUAGGAUUUUGAAGAAGCUGCUAAAAGAACAAGAAGCGGCUGGAAGAAUAUAUGGAGCAGUUUGUUCUUCACCAUUAGUCCUUCAUAAACACGGUUUACUGAAGGAGAAAAGAGUGACAGCUCAUCCCUCUGUCAUAAGCAAGCUGACCAAUGAAGUAGUAAAUGGCACCAAAGUAGUAGUUGACGGUAAAGUGAUCACAAGCGGGGGACUUGCCACUGUAACGGAUUUUGCCUUAGCUAUCGUCAGCAAGUUUUUUGGUAAUGCAAGGGCAAGAAGUGUUGCAGAAGGCCUUGUAUAUGAGUACCCCAGGAAUUAGGUGAUUUACUGUUGAGUCUAAUGGAGAAAAAGGCAAUUUUGUGUUCUGCAAAAUUCUGGUUGCCUCGAAAGAUUAUAUUAUUUGACUGCAAGGCCGGAGCAAAUGCCAAAAGCCAAACAAUGGUCAUUUCUGAUAAAGUGCCGCAAUUAGCAUCUUCAAUUAUCUGGUGACUAUCAACUAUGUUAAACAAAGUGCUUUUAGAAACAAAGGCUAGUUUCGCAAACAAGUCGCGAGUUUAGGAAAGUGAAGAUAAGGAGGUAACGUCAAGCUGCCGAUUUUCUGUUGUAUUGUUGACUGGCUGCUUCAUUUUUCAUUGUGAGGAAUCACAUUUUCCCCUU